UGUUCUCUUGUCCAGUGUCUGCAGAUCAGAGCGACUCUUCGAUGAUGGCGACAGACACUGCGUCCCAGCAGACUCCUGGCUCCAGGAUCAUGACCUUUCACCCUACCAAGGAAGAGUUUAAGGACUUCAGCCUUUACAUUGCCUACAUGGAGUCACAGGGAGCACACCGAGCUGGAAUGGCUAAGGUGUGUGUCUGUGUGUGUGUUUGCGUCUACUUUUCUGAAGAUCAUAAGCAUUUAUUCCCCUGUGUUUUUAAUGUUGAUCUAUAUCCUGUUUGGAGAGGAGUAGAAGGUGCUUAACCAACAUCAGACGAGGUGCAACCAAAGAUCUAUAGGCCUAUCUAUAUCCUGUUCUGAGAAAAAUGCACUCUGUAUAAAGACUAACACAAUCCUAUGUUUGGUAUGUAUUUUCCAGGUUAUUCCACCCAAAGACUGGAAGCCUAGACGUACCUAUGAUGACAUAGAUGACCUGGUGAUUCCUGCUCCUAUACAGCAGGUGGUGUCGGGCCAGUCAGGUCUCUUCACACAGUACAACAUCCAGAAGAAACCCAUGACUGUCCGAGAGUUCCGCAAGACUGCCAACACAGACAAGUGAGCCCUCGUACUGUUAUGGGUAAUUCCAUGGUAACGGGGUAAUGCUGAGACUUAGAUUUGUCACUUUCAAAUGUAUGCCAAACAAAACUCAAUAAUUGCAAAGUUAAACAAACCAUACAGCUUUAUGCUCAAGGACUAGUUUUAACAAUUUUCACUGACAUUUUUACAAAAACACAUGACGGUUUGUGCUGUCAUUCUGUUACCAAACUUUCCAUCUGUGCUGUUCUUCAAAUAAAUGGAAACGAUUGUAACAGGUAUACAUGGUUGUAACUGGCUAUAGUUCUGAAAUCACUGCAAGAUGUCAUUAGUUUUGUUUGUCACAUCUAAUCAUCCUUUGUCAUUGUAGGUUCUGUAAUCCCCGCUAUGUGGAUUUUGAGGAGCUGGAGAGAAAGUUCUGGAAGAACCUGACUUUUAACCCACCUCUCUAUGGAGCGGACAUCAACGGAACCCUCUACGACCCAGUGAGUUAUUCCUAUCAUCACACACACACACUGUCGGUUUGCCUAACAGCACAGCCCACAUUUGGCUUCACUUGGGAUUUGAACUUACAACCUAGAGUUGAAAUGUCAAUGUCUCUCCUUACCCUCACCAACAUUCUCUUCUCCAUCUCUAUCUCUCCUAGGAUGUGACAGAGUGGAACAUUGGUCAUCUGAACACUAUCCUGGACACUGUGGAGAGGGAGAGUGGGAUCAAGAUAAAAGGAGUGAACACUGCUUACCUGUACUUUGGCAUGUGGAAAAGCACCUUCGCCUGGCACACUGAAGAUAUGGAUCUCUACAGCAUCAACUACCUGCACUUUGGAGAGCCAAAGUCCUGGUAAAAUGUUGUUGAUGUAUUUUGCACAGAUAAAAAAACACCACACACACGUUUCAGUGAAGUUAUACCAAUAGAUAUUUACCGUAUGUCUAUUUUACAGCUUACAAAUGGAGUGUGUGUUAUUGUAUGUAAUCCCAACACUAGUGUCCUGUCCAGGAGGUUUACUUGUACAUCAAGCUGCUUCAUGCUACAGAAACUCCUACCCUAUGGGCCGCUCUAGCUAGGAGAAGCCUUACUUGAUUUACUUACUUACCUAACACAUAGCAUCUUGACUACCAUUUACAUCGGUACUCUUGUCUCUCUGCAGGUAUGUUGUUCCCCCUGAACAUGGGAAGAGAUUGGAGCGCCUCGCUAAAGGUAUGUGGAGCAGAGGAGGCAUGCUGGAAUGUAAUAAAUGGAAUGACGUCAAACAUGUGGUUUCCAUAUGUUUGAUUCCGUUCCAUUCAUUCCAUUCCAGCCAUUACAAUGAGCCUGUCCUCCUAUAGCUCCUCCCACCAGCCUCCUAUGGUAGAAAGGAAUUUCCUAAUUGAUCCUCAUUCCUCAUUAGUUUCCCCUUUUUGCGUUUAGCAGCUGCGCAUAAAAAAAAAAAAUAUUUUUGGAAGACCCCAUUAACCCCUAAGACCCACCACCCGCCAACUCUUCCAACGCUGCUGAAAAGAAUCCUAGGGGAAACACUGCUCAUUGUUUAUCAAUAUUCUUCAUGUCAACACAUUAUCAGACAGUGAUCAGCAGAAUUCCUAAUGUCAUUGAUUCCUGUUCAUGCAGGGUUCUUUCCUGGGAGUGCUCAGAGCUGUGAAGCUUUCCUGCGCCAUAAAAUGACUCUUAUCUCACCCUCCAUCCUGAAGAAAUAUGGCAUACCAUUUGAGAAGGUGACCGCUCUUCAAUGACAAGAUGUUAUCAGAUUUACCAACCUAAACUUUUCUAGAUAUACAGUAGAUUGUUACAGUGGCAUGAUUCAGCUGUUUUUGAUGGUACUAUUUCAUGUAAUGUGUCUACCUAUAGAUUAACUAGUUUUUUUCUUUUCUGGUUAAUAUAUAUAUAUCUUUUUUCUUCACAAAGUUGGGAUACAGCAACAAAAUACAAACCCGGCGGUCUGACGCUGUGUCUGUUGUGUGUUUAGAUCACCCAGGAGGCAGGCCAGUUCAUAGUGACCUUCCCAUUCGGUUACCACGCUGGUUUCAACCACGGCUUCAACUGUGCUGAGUCCACUAACUUUGCCACACAGCGAUGGAUCGAUUAUGGCAAAAUAGCCACACUGGUAUGUACAACUAAAUGAAUGAACACAUAGUAUGCAUUAAACCAAGUCAUUUAUUUAGUGUGAACUGUGGUUGGUCUUGUGUUACUCAGUUUGUAUGGUCGUGUGUACAAUUCCAGGGAUCACAUACUAAAAUGUAUGCACUCAUACCGUAAGUUGCUUUAGAUCAAAUUGGUUGCAUUUAUUGUGUAAUAUUCUCAUGACCAAUCCCUGUCCUCCCUCCUCCCCCAGUGCUCGUGCCGUAAGGACAUGGUGAAGAUCUCCAUGGAUGUGUUUGUGAGGAAGUUCCAACCAGACCGCUACAAGGCCUGGAAGGCAGGGAAGGACAACACUCCUAUUGACCACUCCAAGCCCACGCCAGAGGCUGCUGAGUUCCUGAAGGGAGAGAAGACGGAGCCUGGGAAGGAGUGUCCAAGCCCCAGCGAGGCCCCUGACCAGGAGAAUACCCCAGGCACCACCACUCAGGAGGAGAAGAGGUCCAUGCUUUACUGUAGUGUAGUAUUGUCGCCAGCUGGUGUAACGUCAUAUACACUGAGUGUACAAAACAUUAAGAGCACCUUCCUAAUAUUGAGUUGCACCCCCUUUUGCCCUCAGAACAGCCUCAAUUCGUUGGGGCAUGGACUCUACAAGGUGUCGAAAGCGUUCCACAGGGAUGCUGGCCCAUGUUGACUUCAAUGCUUCCCACAGUUGUGUCAAAUUGGCUGGAUGUCCUUCGGGUGGUGGACCAUUCUUGAUACACACGGGAAACUGUUGAGCGUGAAAAACCCAGCAAUGUUGCAGUUCCUGACACACUCAAACCGGUUAACCUGGCACCUACUACCAUACCCCGUUCAAAGGCACCUAAAUAUUUUGUCUUGCCCAUUCACCCUCUGAAUGGCACACAUACACAAUCCAUGUCUCAAGGCUUAAAAAUCCUUAUUUAACCGGUCUCAUCUCCUUCAUCUACGCUGAUUGAAGAAGUAAAAUCAAUAAGGGAUCAUAGCUUUUACUUGGUCAGUCUGUCAUUGAAAGAGCAGGUGUUCCUUAUGUUUUGUACUCAGUGUAUAUUUAUAUCUAUAUUAAAGGGGCAAUUUGUGAUUGCUACAUUAACUGUUUUACUUUUUAAUUAAUUAUAUAUACCCAGUGAUUCUUGAAGAAUAUAACUUAUAAAUGCCUCAUAAGCUUAGUUCAACUGUCAUACCUUACUAAUAUAGGGUAUAGCGUAAACUAUACUUUUGAUCUCAUGGAUGGUCAGUCCUUGCAUCCAUAGCUGAAUUUGAGUGGUUACAUUUCUCCAACCCCAUCCCUCAGCUGUUCACCUAAUCAAGUGGCGUGGUGUCUGUUUUCUUGUUUUUUCAACUGCAGAUUUCCCCUUUAAUUAUCUCAUAAAAGCAUUCAUUCAUCCUGGGCUUUGGUCACCACUUUGAGCAAGUUUCUCAAAAGAGACAUUGUAUUUUUAUUUUUUUACCAUUCACGGUUCCUCUCUCUCUGUCCAAUGCAGCCCGAAGCCGAAGGUUGGGAAGAAGCGCCAGCGAGGAGGAGAUGUGGAGGCAGCAGAGGACGGAGACACUGAGCAGGCUGAGGAGGAGGAGGAGGGAGAGGUGGACCAGAAGAAAGCCAAGCUGGGCCAGGAGGAGGAGGGACUCAGUCCGGCACACAAAGGUACCUCAAUCAAACAAUAUUUGUACUGGGGUACAAAGGUAGCUCAGUUCAUCUUUAACUAUGCCACCAAACAAUUAAACAGUCACUGACACUAGUCUACUGCAUAUUGACUUGUUAGACUAUAGCUAGGUUUCCAUCCAAUUGGCGACAGAUUUUCAUGCAAAUAUUCAAAAUCUGCAUAAAGAAAAUAUGCGCAUUUUCCCACCAGUGGUGUGUGAUGACGUAGUGCACACAAAAUGUACUUUUUUAUGUACAGAAUAGAAAUCUAAAGCUUGUUGUGUUUCCAUCGCGUUUUCAACUCUACCGAUUUUGUUUUGUCACACAAACACGUGUGUUCUAGCCAACAGCUUGCGGGUAGGCUAGUCUACAUGAUGAGAUUAUUAUGGAUAUUAUUUGUCAAACUGCAGUCAAAUAUCAAUCGUGUCACCAGAAUAAGACCCCCAAUAUUUAUUGGAAAGGAGCAUCAAGAUCACCUUGCACUUUCACCUCCCUGUGAAGUUCAUCAUAACUUAUUUCAUCUGUAGCCUAAUAAACUGCAUAGUUUUCCGAGUCGUAGUGGGAGGACCACACACCAUAUCAUCGCGUGACAGUAUUUGCGCAUAAAGGUGUUUCUCGCAUAAUUAAUUUGACCGACACAAAAAGAUCCCACCAUGUCGAACAAACAAAUUCUGUCUGCAUGUAUUAAUUGUACCGACACUACCUGUUUACACCACAGCUGUCGUGAAAUUUUUUUAUACCGUAUGACUUUACCCGCAUGAAAACUGUGGAUGGAAAUGUGGUUUAUGAGGGAGAUAAUUUAGACCAGUGGUAUUCAACCUUAAAAUCAGUAAAUUUCUAUUUUUACAAUCACAAAUAACCUUCAAUAUACCUUUUGUAUAUUGUCCCAUACAAUAAUCUGUACUCAUCCUUUAAAAAGAAAAAUUGUCAACCCCACUGCAGUUCCUCGGCUUUGAAUACCACUGAUUUAGACAGUGCCUCCAGUUUUUCAUGUUGUUUGUUUAUUUCAGAGCUAAAGCCAGAAGACGUUAAAAAUGAGCGAACAAAGCCACCACCCAACGCAAAGACCAACCGAAACACAAACGCCAGCCGAAAGCUAGCACUUCAGAUGAAAGCCAAAAUCUCUCUUAAAUCCACUCCAAUUAAGUCUCAGCCACAGACUAACAAACAGUCAACCCAACCAGCGGCCCCAGAACCCUCCCCCCAGAGCUCAGAGAAGGCCGGCCCCAGUGAGGAUGUGAAGCCUCCAGCCAGCAGCUCCAGCCCUGCCCACCCAGCCAGCAGCUCCAGCCCUUCCCACCCAGCCAGCAGCUCCAGCCCUGCCCACCCAGCCAGCAGCUCCAGCCCUUCCCACCCAGCCAGCAGCUCCAGCCCUUCCCACCCAGCCAGCAGCUCCAGCCCUUCCCAGCCAGCCAGCAGCUCCAGCCCUUCCCAGCCAGCCAGCAGCUCCAGCCCUUCCCAGCCAGCCAGCAGCUCCAGCCCUUCCCAGCCAGCCAGCAGCUCCAGCCCUUCCCAGCCAGCCAGCAGCUCCAGCCCUUCCCAGCCAGCCAGCAGCUCCAGCCCUUCCCAGCCAGCCAGCAGCUCCAGCCCUUCCCAGCCAGCCAGCAGCUCCAGCCCUUCCCAGCCAGCCAGCAGCUCCAGCCCUGCCCAGCCAGCCAGCAGCUCCAGCCCUGCCCACCCAGCCAGCAGCUCCAGCCCUGCCCACCCAGCCAGCAGCUCCAGCCCUGCCCACCCAGCCAGCAGCUCCAGCCCUGCCCACCCAGCCAGCAGCUCCAGCCCUGCCCACCCAGCCAGCAGCUCCAGCCCUGCCCACCCAGCCAGCAGCUCCAGCCCUGCCCACCCAGCCAGCAGCUCCAGCCCUGCCCACCCAGCCAGCAGCUCCAGCCCUGCCCACCCAGCCAGCAGCUCCAGCUCCAGCCCUGCCCACCCAGCCAGCAGCUCCAGCCCUUCCCACCCAGCCAGCAUCUCCAGCCCUGCCCACCCAGCCAGCAGCUCCAGCCCUGCCCACCCAGCCAGCAGCUCCAGCCCUGCCCACCCAGCCAGCAGCUCCAGCCCUUCCCACCCAGCCAGCAGCUCCAGCCCUUCCCACCCAGCCAGCAGCUCCAGCCCUGUCUACCAGCUCUUUCAGAGGACCCUGAGCCCUGCAGACGUGCUGCACGUCCACAGCUACGCUAAGGGAGACUACAGCGAGGGAGAGACCAGGGAGGGCAAGGAGGAGAGAAGAAACGAUAGUAGUGAUAGUGAAGGAGAGGAACCGGAAGACAGCAAGGUGAGAGGAGUGGACUCCAAACAUCACAUCUCACUCAACCUCCGUCUGUAGGAUUUGCUUUAUCAUGUUUGUUCUGAGGUCAGAUGUACUGUACAUGUUGAAUGAAGCAGCGCUAAUGAUUAUGUUGCUAACCCCUUUUCUUCCACCAGGGAGCAGAGGAGGGAGCGGAGGAUGACGCUGUGCCCAGCAAGCUGGGGAAGCUGCCUUGUCACCACCGUCUGAUGAAAGACAACAUGAGUGACGAGGGUAAGUUAAAAUAUCACUUCCUCACUCACAUAGUUUAGCCCCAGUUAGGCUUCCUUUAACUAAGCAAUGGAUAUGAUGACUUGUAGAAAAGCAGUGUCAGGCAUGUUCCUCCAUGGAUUAGAAGUGAGGAUGCAUCAUUCACUCAUAUCUAUGUUGGCAUUCUUGAUGGCAUGAUAGUAGUUUGUCUGUGUGUUUUCAUAACUGUCUAUUUGGUUCCAAUGGCUCAGGGGAUUAGAGCAUAUAGCUUGAUGGAUUGGAUUAGAUUUCUUUCAUGGGCCACUGUCAAUAUCGACAGUUCUGUAAGUCGUUUGGGAUAUGAAAUGUGCUAACUCUAAAAUAUAUUUAUUUUGAUGUCUUUUUAAGAGCUGCCAGAGCAGCCCCCAUUAGAGGAGGAUGGGUUAGAGGGAGAGUCGUGGGCCAAGCCCCUGGCCCACCUGUGGCAGAAUAGGCCUCCCAACCUGAAGAAAGAGAAGGAGUACAACAGUUGCAUGGGCCUCCAGGCCCCAUACUGCUCGGUGUGCUCACUCUUCCAGGCAUACCAGCAGGUGAGGAGAGGGAGGUGUGUGUGUGUGUGUGUGUGUGUGUGUGUGUGUGUGAGAGAGAGAGAUCACCAAUGGCCGAGGAGGAGACACUCAGCAGGGGAUUUGGGAAGUUAGUCUUCUAAAAGUCUUGUACUCUGUCAGUCAAUAAUCUACAGGGGUUUCUCUGAGAGGAAAACUCCUAUUAUGUGAUUGUUCCCCCUUUUUUCACUCUGUCUCAGGGGAGAAGUUUUUGUCAUUUUAGAACCUUCCCCAAUGCUCCUCUUCUCAGUUCUGAUAUACUGUACAGCGAUAGUUAUUUCAGGUUUGUCUGAGUAGCUGUAUUACGUUGUCCCUUCCUCUAGCCAUGGCUAGACUGAGUGUGCUGAUGAAGACAAACACAGAAAAUCAUUUGUUUAAACAAUUUGAAUGAGAGUUAUUGUCCUCCCAAGAGUUGCUAAAUAUGAUUUGUUUCAUUUGCAGAUGGAGUGUGCUGAUGACGGUACGGACCCUCCAGUGGUACUGCCUGGAGGCAGGCUGAGAACCAAGCCCCUAAUCCCUGAGAUGUGUUUCACCACCACCACGGAGCCAGAGGAGGGCGCUAAGGAGAAGGAACCUGGAGCCCCGGCCCCAACCACCCCUCACCUGGAUCCAGACGGCACCAGCCUGCUCAUCAGCUGCUCCCACUGCAGCGUCCGCGUACACACCAGUCAGUACUACUACUUACCCAGCACGCCACCCCUUUUUAACACUAGAACCUCUGGACCUUUCAGCCUAUAAGUACCCACUAGAGAACGUUGCCAGGCAUCCCCUUUAGCAUACACAUCAGAUGCAAAUCAACCGGCAAGGUGUGCAAACAUAAGCACUAUCACUUGAUAAAUAGUGUGCAUAAACUAUUGUAAAAGAUGAAUUACAUGAAGAAAUAUUUGUGGAAAUAUAUCCAUGUAAAACAUAACAAUAGUUAUCUGUUUAGAUAGUCAGGAUAUGUUUAGUAUAAUUCUAUAAAGUCUUACUGAAAAAGGUAUAGGCCAUUUUCUUUCCCUUACAAUAAAAACAUUACAGUGUAAUACAUUUGAUCAAUUUAAUUAGUAGAUGUAAUUAGUUAUACUAAGUAAUGCAGUCCAGUUACAGCUUCUUCACAUUAGAAAGUAAGGUGCAGGUCAAAUGAUUUGCUAUAUGCGUAAACAAAAGCACCAAAGCUUUAUAAAUGUGUAUGAACAAUUAUAUAGGAUGAAUUGCAUAAAUACAUGGAAAUACAGCUUCGGGGCUUUGUGUGAGCAGGCCCCACAAACAAAUCGGUUGCACUGCACACAGUUUUCAUAGGACUUGUUUCGUGUGCGCCUGCAAACAUGAUAUUGUGUAUUUUUCCCGAGUGGGUGGAAGGAAGCGCUGCCUGCUUGGUGGACUCGUUGGCUGCCUCCUUGAUGGCUGUAGCUGCUUUCUUGGUGUUCAUGUGGUUCUCACGAAGCUCACAUGCCAGAUCCAUGAUGAAAUCUCUCCUGCUGAAUAUCUUGUCAAGGCAUUGCUUGUACGACACAUGCGUGUUGAUGGCAGCCAUGUCGAGCACGUUGUAGAACACCGCAAGAGACCAGCGAGGAGUACCUUCUUUAACAGAGUACAGUCUGCCAUCUGGUUGAGUAUAUCCACACCAACCUACAGUAUUGCAUAGAAUAGAAAAGGUUAAAAUGAUAUGGAAUAAUAAUGCUAAUAAUAACAAUAAUAUUAAUGUAAUAUAAUAAAAGGAGAUAAUAUUUACACAUGCAUAUUUUUUAAAAACUUGUAUAGCACCUUUCAAAUAAUCUCAAACAGUUUUUUAAUUUUACAUCUGUAAACCGUGAGUGUUGCUUUACCAUUCUCCAUCACUGAUAUGGAGUACAGCGCCACUGGUAUGUUGUGUUGUGCAGAGGGCGGCAGCUCCCGUCUCUGUUUGUUUGUUCACUGUUCUGAGCAGGCUAGUCUUCUUUGCAAUCAACUUGUCUGCCAGGGAAAUUGAUGUAAAGAAGUUGUCCGUGGUCACAUUUCUGCCUUUACCCAUGUAAGGCUCAACUAGUCUCAAGACAGUCGCUCACCCGCUGGCCUGGUUUCAUCUCUCCCCAAAUAUGGAAAACCAUUGAGCAUGUAGCUUACUUGUCUUCGACAUCAUCGGCUAACCAAAAUGUAAUUCUAAAUAUGUCCGGUUUGUUGGCCAUGUAUGGGGUAAAAUGGCACCGAGCUAUGGUUGGGAACAGUUGCUCAUCAACAGUUAUGUUCUCUCCUGGCUUGUAACUGUGAAGUUGAUGUUUUAAGUAUCCCUAUACUUCUGUUAUUACUGUGCUCUCACUCUGUUACUAGAGCGCCGUGCAGAGGUUUCCCUGGUUGGACCGGGCCUGAGUGUAAUGGCAACUAUGUACCAUGGAGAUACAGUGAAGUAAACGUUGUUAAACUGGAACCUAGUCGUUGUGUCAUUUAGAGUUAACAGUAACGAGCAAUGUAAUUCUUCAUAAAACUUUUCCAGGUGUGUGAGACGGCGGCGAACCUCUCCGUCUGCACACGUAUUGGUCUUAUGUCAUCAAAACGCAGGUGUCUUAUAGUCUCUCUGAAGAGGUUGUGUGGCAUGGUCUCUUGGAAAAAGUCCACCACAUAACUAUCGGACCAUGAUGACUCCACAUCAAUACUUUUUCCCCCGUAUGCCCCGUGGACAUACAAGAGUGCAAUAAAUGUUUUGAGGUCAUCCAUAGACAUGUCCCACAUACUGUUUCCUUUUCUGUGAGCAUGAGCGACAGUACAAUCUCUGAUGUGCUGCAACAUCUGCAUGUCACAUAAACAAAGAAAACUGUCGAGUCCGCUGGCAAUUUGUCUCUUUGCGUGAGGUGACGGGCCUGCUCUCUCUGAGAAUGUUCCUGUUGCGCGCUUGUCAGUCUUUUCUACCCAAAGGCGUCUACCUUGGCCCUGUUCUGCUUUUUCUGUGGCUAGGCUCAGGCAUCGGAGGCAGAGGCUAGAAGACAAUUCAGAAUCAGAUGAAAACUCUUCGCAGCAACGUGGAUUUCAAGCUCAAUAUCCGAUCCUCGAUCUGACUCCAGCUCAUCUAAAUUCUGCAGGAUUUGCAAUGCUGUCAGUGCAUCCAUUCAUUUGGUUCGGCUUGCCAUUGUGAACUACACACUACACAAUGCUUCAUUACACUACUGUUCUAAAUUCAAUCAUCCUCUUUUACUCUCAUCAUUCAGUUCAUUCAAAUGAAAUUGGGACGUCACAUGCACAAUUAUCAGUUUCUAUCGCCCAUUCAUCCAUUUACGACAUUCAUUCAGUAAGGAGAGGGACGCAUGGUCCCUUAAGUUAGUAAUAGCUGUUUAAAAAAUAUAAAUACUUUUUCUGUUUAUGAUUGAAAAAAUUCAGACAACUGAGCAAUGUAAAAUAUAUUUAGGAAAAGUCUGAAGUAGCAGGACUUUAGUAUUUUUUUGGCAGAUUAUUUCUUAACAAAAUCGAACGUCAUUGGCCUAUGGCGGUUCUAGUUAACCCCAUCAUUCCAGGUAAGAGCAGUACUCUACUUUAGCAGGUUAAGAGGAGUUAAGUGCAGACUGUUUCAACUCUAGAAGUUAUUUAAUUAUCUCUGUCCACAACAUAGUUUAGAUGCACUAUCAAUCAUGCGAAUGUGUGAAAUCCUGUCAGUAAAUGAGUAUGCACUAUGCAACCUAUGCUCCCUUGUGGUUCAUUGGCGACAACAUUUAACCACUUAGGUAAUGGUGUUUGUUUGGUUGUGUGUUUCCAGGCUGUUAUGGCGUGGAUCCAGAGAGUGUGACUAAGGACUGGAAGUGUGCUCGCUGUAAGGCCAAUUCCAUGACUGAGGUCAGUGUCUCCACAACACAUCACAACACCUCCAAGUGGCUGUUCAUUGUGUCUGACCUCACCUGACCCAAGUAUAUGUUGCUGGCACUGACUGCCAGUAGUGUUUGCAAACUUUGCAGUAUUCUAAACGGUCAUUAGAUCUGGCAGUAGUGUUUGCAGUGUUCUUCUAAUGAUAUGUGACUGACUGGUACUGGUCAUCAGGUAGCAGGUACCACACCUUGCCAUUGGCUGUAUGUAUGUUUACAUAACUGGGAUUAUGGUAGUUGACAGUUUGCUCUCCUUGCAGAGUUGCUGUUUGUGUUCGCUGAGGGGUGGUGCCUUGCAGAAAGCCAACAACAACAAGUAAGUCCUUGUGCCAGACAGAUCCCCUUAUAUCAGGGAGUGGGCUAGUCUAAAUCACACACUGAACAUUUACUGAUCUCUUUAUGUACCCUUCUGUUCACAUAGUUGGAUGUUCUUUUGAAAUAUAUCUACUGGGUUUACAUUUUGUUUAUAAGCCACUAAUGAUGUUGUGUAUUGACAUGUUGGGUUGUAGGUGGGUCCAUGUGCUGUGUGCAGUAGCAGUGUUGGAGGCUCGCUUUGUGAACAUCACUGAGAGAAGCCCUGUGGAUCUGAGUGGGAUUCCUCUACAGAGGUUUAAACUGGUGAGUUAAACACAGUAAAUGUCAAUAGGCUUGGGUGGUAUACAGUAUAGCAGGGUAUUUGGAAAUACCCAUGGGAGGGUUUUUCAAUACCGUAAAUGUAUUUUAUUUUUAUAUAUACAUUUAAAUAUUUGUAGUUACUUUUUUAAGUAAAUACCUUUAGUCAACUUGUGCAAUACAUUAGGAGGUAAAGAAGAUUGUGUUCUUAAUUUCACCUGUCACAUAAUUUUUGUUUACAAGCAAACAACGAUGAGAGACCAGAACCUUGUGAGUCACUGUUGUGCAGCACGCGCCAGGUGAUCUAGUUUCAGUAUGGAAUUCACAACUAAAUGUUUGCCAGCUAGAUAUCUUAUAACUAUUAAGUUACCUGUCUAAAAUGUGCUAAAUGCUCUGCAGUUGUGCAUUUGGUUUGCUAAUUUAGUAGCUAGUUAGCAAUCUAGCUAAGUGGUUAGCUUCUUCCAAAACCAAGCUUCGCUUGGUAACAGCAGAGAAUCCCCUCCUGGAUCAAGAGCCUUAUUGUCUAAUAUUUGUUUUGUGCGUGCAGCAUUCUGUGAGUAGCAUUUUAGAGUUACUACUUUAUGAGCUGGGAUGUCUGUCCUGCAAAUAGUUUAGGUCAGAGACUGUAUAAAAUGUUCUCAAUCCGCUCGUUAGCAUUUAGUGAGCAUUCUCAAUGAGAUUUGACAUGUACUUCUUAGCAUUGCUAACCUUCGGAUUACAAAGGCUGUUUUUUAAAUAGUGCCCCUUGUGUUCAGUGCCGGUAUGACCGAAUAUCCCGAUAUAGCACAAGGUCGGUAUAACCAUCUGGAUACCGCCCAAGCCUUUUGUCAACAUUUAUUACGUGCUAAGGGAUAUGACUCUGUCACUACCUCGCUCUCCAACCAAGGUGCAUGAAUAGAGGAGAACCUUUUCCAAGGACCUUUGAAUAAAGGAGAGUGGCUGAAUAUCCUUUCUUCAGCAUAUUAUGUCAAAGUAAUUUAUUAUUGGUUUUACAAGACAUGGUUGGCACAUCCACCUCUAUGCAUGUGACAGUAAUUCAGCUUGUCAUCUACUACAAGGGUAGACUAGAGACUAGGGUAUUUAGAGAAUGCCAGGUGAGUUUGUGAUGAAUCCCAGUCAGUCAGAGCUUCAGGCAGGAUAUGACAAAUGGCAGCUCUCUUUCUGCCAAAGCCUUGUUUCUGAAUUUAGCCCUUUGACAGGAAUCAUGUCAACCGUUGUAUUUCUAGAGGAUGUUGAUAGCCUACUACUGUAUACAGUUUGACAGGAUGUAUAGGCCUAGUUUUCCCUGUGGGACUUCCUUUUCCUGUCUCUCUGAGCAUGGUCUUAUUGUUAUCUGUGCUGUGCAGAAAUGUUACUAUUGUAAGAAGCGGAUGAAGAAGACGUCCGGGUGCUGUGUACAGUGUUCCCAUGGCCGCUGUCCUACGGCCUACCACCCUACUUGUGCCCAGGCUGCUGGGGUCCUCAUGCAGCCAGACGAGUGGCCCUUUGUGGUCUAUGUCACCUGCUGCCGGCACAAGGGCCCUAUUCAGACAGAGGUAUACAUCAGUUGUACUUUACUUUAUAUUUAGGACUGUGUUUCAGAAAGGGGAAGCUAUACACCAGACAGUGGGGACUCUAAAGGCCUCUUAUGGGACUUGGUUACAUCAUUCUGCUGAUACUUUACCUUAUAGUUUCUAAACAUUCUACAUAUUCAGGGCUGCGCUCACCAGUGUAUUGUAUAAACAUGACUAGGUUUUAGAUUUUAAAGUGAAAACUCUCACAUACUCCCACAAGUAUGCCCAUGUGCUUCCGGUCCAAAGAGGUUGAUAGAGUUCUUAUUUGAUGUUAAUCCGGAUGAAUGAUUGAUCUCUUCUCUCAGCGUAACAAAGCAGCCAUGCAUGAGCUCACUGUGGGAAGGAGGGUGAUCUGUAAGCACAGAAAUGGCCGCUACUACCAGUGUGACGUGGUGCAGCUGUCCAAGGAGACGUUCUAUGAGGUCAACUUUGAUGACGGCUCCUUUAGCGAUAACCUCUUUCCCGAGGACAUUGUGGUAAGAAGACUAACGUGUGGGUGUGGUGUGAGUGUGUGUGGUGCCAAAUUGUGGUCAGUAAUUCAUGACAGGGUUUAUAAGCUGUUCAUUAUUCGUUUAUAGAUUUCUUAUACAAUAUGUACCACACAUUGGUUAAAAUUGUGUGAUUGCUUUUUGGUGCUUGCUAAAUUGUUAGUUUAUAGGAUUGUAUCUGAUGGUUGUUUUAUAUUGCCAGGGCCGGGACUGUGCCCAGCUAGGCCCCCCACCACAGGGGGAGAUGGUGCAGGUCCGGUGGACAGAUGGUCUGGUCUAUGGGGCCAAGUUUGUGGCUGCUCACGUCAUCCAAAUGUACCAGGUACUGCAACACUAUUCACACUCACCCUCAGCUACAAUGUACCUUAUCCAGAUAGAGGUUAUACAGUUUUACAUCAUAUAGUGCUUUGCAGUCUAAUUGAUCUGCUCCGUUUGUCCAGAUUGUUUAAAACCUAUUAAAAAAAACUCAUUGCAAUACAUUACAUGUCUGUGAUGAUACCAUUGUUUGGUUUUAUGAGAGACAUAAAAUGUAGUUAUUUUGGCAUUGAUGGUGUUUGAUGUAGGUGGAAUUUGAAGACGGGUCACAACUAACAGCCAAGAGAGAUGAUGUCUAUACUCUGGAUGAGGAGCUGCCUAAGAGAGUCAAGUCAAGACUGGUGAGUGUACUGAGAGCUGUCCUGUUGGCUAUCUGUGAGCUAUCCAUUAUACUGACUCCAAAGUUGCUAACCUUUGUACGUUAACUGUGUAUCAUCAACUCCUAACUUUCUCACUCUCAGAUGUUAUACUAAGGACUGCUGAGUCUACUGAAUCAUACUGACUGAAUCAUACUGACGGAAUUGUUUUCUCCAGCAUGUUUGUUAAUGAGUCUUCUUCCUGUGGCAAUGGACCAUAACGCAAUCUUCAUCUUCUGUGUGUGCCCUGCACCGGUCUCUCUCCAGUCCAAGGCGUCAGACAUGCGUUUCGAUGGGAUCUUUGAGGACAAGGAGGCCAUCCAGCAGUCGAAGAGGCAGAGAGUGAUCAACUCACGGUACAGAGGAGACUACGUUGAACCUGUGAUCUACAGAGCCAUCAUGGAG